GGUGGAGGAUCCGGGGAGGAGCAGCUCUGUGCUGAUUUUCCAGAGCUCGACCUCUCCCAGCUGGACGCCAGUGAUUUUGACUCAGCCACUUGCUUUGGGGAGCUGCCCUGGGGUCCUGAGAACUCUGAGCCGGAGCCCAACCAGUACAGCCACGACGACUCUGAGCUCUUCCAGAUCGACAGUGAGAAUGAGGCCCUCCUAGCAGCACUCACAAAGACCCUGGACGACAUCCCUGAAGAUGAUGUGGGACUGGCUGCCUUCCCGGGCCUGGAUGAGGGAGACACGCCGUCCUGUGCCUCAGCCUCACCUGCCCCCUUGUCUGCACCCCCCAGCCCCGCCCUGGAGAGGCUCACAACCCCAGUGUCUGAGGUGGAUGAGCUGUCAUUGUUGCAGAAGCUCCUUCUGGCCACAUCCUCCCCGACGUCAGAGUCUGACACCCAGAAGGAGGGCAUCAACUGGCACCAGGCCAGCCUCAGGUCCAGAAGUCAGCGACCUUGUGUCAAGAUGGACAGCCCCCAGGACAAGAAGGUCCCUGUGCCACGGUCUCAGAGCCGGAGUUGUACAGAACUGCAUAAGCACCUCACCUCGGUGCUCUCCUGCCCCCAGGCAAAAGCCUGCGCUCCAGGUAGGGGCCAGCAGCCUCCACCACAGCUGAGUCCCCAGCCCCUCACCAAGGAGGAUGAGGAAACAGAGAAGGACUGCCCAAGCCCCUGUCCAGCUCCAGCCUCUCCCAGGAACUCCGUGGCACUGGACAGGGCAAACCCCAGCGCCCAGGUUCCCCAGGAGGAUGUGCGGGCCAUGGUGCAACUCAUUCGCUACAUGCACACCUACUGCCUGCCCCAGAGGAAGUUGCCCAUGCAAGCCCCAGAGCCAGCUCCCCAACCCUGCAGCAGUCCCUUCAGGCAGGUCAGACCCCAACCCCGGCACCCCUCCAAAGCCCCCUGGGCUGAGUUUUCCAUCCUGAGGGAACUUCUGGCUCAAGAUGUCCUCUGUGACGUCAGCAAACCCUACCGCUUAGCCACACCUGUCUAUGCCUCCCUCACACCCCGGCUAAGGCCCAGACCCUCCAAAGACAGCCAGGCCUCCCCUGCUCACCCGUCCCCGGCAGAAGAGGUGAGGAUCGCAGCGUCACCCAAGGGCACUGGGCCCAGACCCAGCCUGCGCCCACUGCGGCUGGAGGUGAAAGGGGAUGUCAGCCGUUCUGCCAGGAAGCAGGAAGAGGAAGAAGAUGAGGAGGAAGAGGAGGAAGAAGAAGAGGAAGAAGAGGAGUGGGGCAGGAAGAGGCUGGGCCGAGGCCUGCCAUGGACCAAGCUGGGGAAGAAGCUGGAGAGCUCUGUGUGCCCUGUGAGGCGUUCACGGAGACUGAACCCUGAACUGGGUCCCUGGCUGACAUUCACUGAUGAGUUGCUGGUCCCCUCGGAGCCCCGAGGUGCUCUGCCCUCACGAUGCCUGGCUCCUGAGACCUACAACAUGGAGGAGAACCUGGGUAGCCCCACAGAUGAGGACAGUGGCCAAGACCAGCAGCUCCUCCGGGGACCCCAGAUCCCUGCUCUGGAGAGCCCUUGUGAGAGUGGGUGUGGAGACACGGAUGAGGACCCCAGCUGUCCGCAGCUCCCUUCCAGAGACUCUCCCAGAUGCCUCAUGCUGGCGUUGUCACAGAGCGACCCUCUUGGCAAGAAGAACUUUGAGCAGACCUUGACAGUGGAGCUCUGUGGCACGGCAGGACUCACCCCACCCACCACACCUCCGUACAAGCCCACAGAGGAGGACCCCUUCAAGCCGGACAUGAAGCACAGCCCAGGCCAAGACGUAGCUCCCUGUCUCCCUUCCUCUGAGGCUCUCCAGCUCACGACUGCCCCAGGGGUUGCCCACAAACUGCCCAAGAGGCAUCCAGAGCGGAGUGAGCUCCUGUCCCACCUACGGCAUGCCCCCACCCAGCUGGCCUCCCAGGCUGGCCAGAAGCGUCCCUUCUCCUGUUCUUUUGGAGAUCACGACUACUGCCAGGUGCUCAGGCCGGAGGGCACCCUGCAGAGGAAGGUGCUGAGGUCCUGGGAGCCGUCUGGGGUUCACUUGGAGGACUGGCCCCAGCAGGGAGCCUCCCUAUGGGCUGAGAUGCGGGCCUCUGGGAGGGAGGAAGAUCGGAGCUGUGAUGCUGGUGCUCCACCCAAGGACACCAUGCAGCUGAGAGACCAGGAGAUCCGCGCCAGCCUCACCAAGCACUUUGGGCUGCUGGAGACAGCCCUGGAAGAUGAAGACCUGGCCUCGUGCAAGAGCCCUGAAUAUGACACUGUCUUUGAGGACAGCAGCAGCAGCAGUGGUGAGAGCAACUUCCUCUUGGAGGAGGAAGAUGAGGAGGGCGAGGAGGACAAUGAAGAAGAGGACUCAGGGGUCAGCCCCCCUCGCUCUGACCACUGUCCCUACCAGAGCCCACCCAGCAAGGUCAGUCGGCAGCUCUGUUCCCGCAGCCGCUCGAGCUCUGGCUCCUCUUGCCGCUCCUGGUCACCAGCCACCCGACGGAAUGUCAGAUGUGAGAGCAGAGAGCCCUGUCCCAACGGAACCCCAAGUGUCCGGCACACCAAGAAGCGGCAGGAAAAGGCCAUUCAGGGUGAAGGCCGUGUGGUGUACAUCCGAAAUCUCUCCAGUGACAUGAGCUCGCGGGAGCUGAAGAGGCGCUUUGAGGUGUUUGGUGAGGUUGUGGAGUGCCAGGUGCUGACCAGAAGUAAGAGGGGCGAGAAGUAUGGCUUCAUCACCUACCGGUGUUCCGAGCACGCAGCACUCUCCCUGAGAGAUGGUGCCACCCUGAGGAAGCGCAAUGAGCCCUCCUUCCAGCUGAGCUACGGAGGACUCCGGCACUUCCGCUGGCCCAGAUACACUGACUAUGAUCCCACUUCAGAAGAGGCCCUCCCCACAACUGGGAAAAGCAAGUACGAAGCCAUGGAUUUUGACAGCUUACUGAAAGAGGCCCAGGAGAGCCUGCACUGAUAACAGCCUUAACCUCCGAGGAAUACCUCAAUACCUCAGACAAGGCCCUUCCAAUAUGUUUACGUCUUCAAAGAAAUAAGUACAUGAGAAGGAGAGAGCAAGUGAGCGUGAGAGAACACACGUGAGAGAGACUUGAAACUGCUGUCCUUUCCUUUUAAAAAAAAAACAAACAAAAACAGAUCAAUGUUUACAUUGAACAAAGCUGCUUCUGUCUGUGAGUUUCCAUGGUGUUGAUGUUCCACUGCCACAUUCGUGUCUUCGCUUCCAACAGGUUGUCCUGGGUGCACCUCAAAGUGCUGGGUCAGUCACCCUCUGCCCCUCCCGCCCAACUGACUUCCUCUCAUAGACUUGCAGCUGUGUUCACCAUAACAUCUCUUGUCUGUAGUGUGUGAUGAUGAAAUUGUUCCCUGUGAAUAGAAUUGGGACUAUAAAUGCAUUUUUAAUUGAAGAAAAAAGUAUAUCCUUAAAAUAAUGUAUUUAUGGCUCAGAUGUUCUGUGCCUGGAAUUAUUGUAUUGCUUCCUUGAUUUUUUAACUAUGCACUGUCUUGAGGUGUUUGCCACUGAGUCGUGCUGCUCCCAUGGCCGGAUUGCUCUGGAGGUGCUGGGUGGCCACUAGGCUGGUCCCCAGGAAGCAGGCCAGCAACCACAACUAGGAAUGGCAGAAAGAGCUUUCUAAGCCUCUUUUGCCAAGUCCUGUCGUGUCUCUUAUUUUGAGCAAGUUUGGGUCAAGUUACAAGGAGAGCCCCCAUCUUGUGCCCUGCUCAUGUUUGGAGAGUGAAAGGUCCGCUAGUGCUCAGAGCCUCGAGUGCCUUGCAAGGAAGGUAGCAAAGAAGGAAGCUGCAUUGGUCCUAUUCUCCAGGGGAAGCAGACAGAGCCCUGAAAGGCCAAGUGUCUUGCCUAACAUCCCAUAGCCACUGAGCAGGCAGACCAGUGACCCACACCAGACCCUCUGACUCUUGUCUCCAUACUGACUGCUGGUGAGCUCAGGGACUGAUAGAGGUGAGUUUGGCUAAACUGGGCAAAAGACUAGAAGCCUGAGGGCUCAGUGAGGGACUAAAUAAACAGCAUUAGGCAAAUUUAAGAUCCAGCACAGGCUCGGGUGUGCCCUCAGCUUUGAUCCAAAGGAGUCCUGGGCUUGCCUCUUCCCAUGGACACAUCCUCAGGGCUUUGACAUGCCUGCAGUAGUACAAACAGACGGUCUGGGUGCAGGCAUCCCUUGGAGGCUGCCAGUCCAUCCUACCUGUUGCUCAUCUGUAAAGUUGUUACUGGUGAAAUGGGGCUGGGGAGCAGGAGGCUGUGAGGGACAGAGGUGCCUAUGGCAGUCUCCAAACUCCCUUCUAACUUAGAGCAUUCUAAUUGGCCUUUACUUUAGACUUUAUAAUCUUGACUGCUGUCCAACCCAGGUCCUGUGUGACGUUCUGCCAGUGCCUUGGAGCCAUUCAUGAGAGAGAGAUGGCCAGGCAGCGUGGGUCCAUUGCCUCUGGUUUGCACAGAGCAGCUCCUCCCUGAUCUCUUUCAGGGUUCCUUGGGGUGUUUUGUUUUGUUUUUUAGUAAAAGGUCCUGGCACUUUUAAAAAGUUUGAAAGUGAGUCAUUAAACUAAACAAGCUAAAUUAAUCUAUUGCUAAUGCCUAAUCCUUUGAGAAUUGGUGGUUGAUUUUUUUUUUUUUUUUUUAUGGUCAUCAAAUACCUCAGUAGGGAAACAGCUUGUGAUCUUGUCCUGAACGGUGAGCAUCCUCCCUGCCCCUGGAUAAGGCUGGAGAAAACAGGCUUUGGCAAAAAUAGGGAAUUUGGGUGCCUGUGUGUCAAGUCAGUUGACCUCUUUAGACCCUAUUUCCUUUUCUGUUAAACAGACUGAAGGGAAGAUUCCAACAGGCUUAGCUUCUGUUAAGGCAGCCCCUAGUUCAAAUGGCAAAUACCCAGCUCAUAUGCCACCAUGCCCACAUCUUUGGCCAAUGCAGAUAUAACUCCUGAUCACAGCACUCUUGUUCUUUGGGCCUGGCUGUGCUAGUAGAAUACUCAGUGCAGUGCUCUGGGAAGUUGUUACUAGUUGAUGAGAGUUUAAUGUAUUUGUCAUCCUGGUCUAAUCUUUGGAAGAUUUCUAUUAGUCAUAUAGAACCAUUUGUUAUCUUGGCUUCAUGCUGGCCCAAACCUGCCUGUUAUUUCCUAUUCUAUGAGAGAAAAUUCCCCUAAAGCUGUUCUUUGGCACGUGACUCCAAUAUCACUGUACCACACAAUCCUGCUUGGCUGGGGGAGGGGGAGAGGAGUAGAAUAGUCAAUUUAGGGAAAGUUGGGCUUGUAAAAAUGGAUCAAAAAGAAACUUUCCACAGUACAGACCCAAUCAUUCUAAAUUCCUUUAUAAUUCUUCACUGCCUGGUUCAUGGUGGGCACAUAAUAAGUGAUUAUAGAAUGGAAUAGAAUUAAAAUCCUUCUGCCUCCCCUAAGACUGAUUUACAACAAGGAGGAAACAGACUUCACCCUGCAGAUUGGAAAGAUUCAGGACUGGGAGCGCUGGAUGAGUCCAGGCUCCAUCAAGGGUUUCCUUUGCAGCUGUGCUAGGUUCCUUCCUCCCUGGGCCUCAGAGUGUGGAAGGCAUUAUCCAAACUAUCCCAAAGCCUUCCUAGGCUUCCUCAGUUGAGCUAGGCCAGGGCUUCUACUUUGGUGGUUGCUGAGGUAAAGAAAUGCAGCUUUUUAGUAAAGGAUGAGCCUGCCCUCAACCCCCUCAGGGUCAACCAAAGCUGCUCUUUCCCAUCCGUUCCAUCGAAGGCACUCUAAGGCACUAAGACACUGGCCCUUGAGCAGAGCAGAGAUCUGAGUGUGGCAUUGGGGCCUGAUGUGCCUGAGAUCAGAGCUGGGGGCCACAGAUGCCUGCCAGGGGCAUCUGGUAGUCUCCAUCCAUCCCAUACAAACAAGGCUACCAGUUCUAAAGUUGACCAACCCUCAGACAACUUCUAUCCGGAAGACCCAUUCGGUGCUGUGUAUCAUUUACCAAGGAGAUUCCAAGGUCCCUCCUAGGAUGAUGGGUCAACCUUGGUCUCUUUCCCACCAAAUUAAGGAGUAACCCAGAAGGAGCAGCUGCCACUGGCAACCAUCUCAUUGUAGCGCUAUCCUAGUGUUUGCUCUCGAUGAUGUUUACAUGUAAUCACCAUCCAGCUUCCUGUAGCCUGUGUUGACAGCCACCCAGGCAAUGCAGGCUGACUGUCGUCUCUGUGCCAUGUUGGUGUUUUCCAGAAAUGUCCAAUCCAACCGCUUAAGUGGAAUUCUUCCAUCUCCUUCCUCAGUCGGUACAAGGCUGAAUCAGAAUCCUCAGUCUUGAGGACUCUGGUUACCGAAGGAAAAUGCAUCAAAGAGGUAAAGAAUAUGAGUGGAUGGAGUGCAGCGAAGGCCCCCACUCCCUUCCCCCACACCAGAAAAGUGCUUUGAAUCAAAACGCACCCAACUGGUGUUUGCAUCUGCCUGCAGAUCUUGCAGCAUUGAGCAAGGAAGCAGCAGGGCUCUGUCCAGGGCGGGAGGGAGAAGAGAGGAAUGCUCCCAGCCACAUAGUCAGUGCUCAAGUCCUGAUGUGGGAAGAAAUGUAAUCAGGUAUCUUUGGUCUAGAGUCUUGCGGGUUGGCUUUUUGGGGGUGGUCUCUCCAUGUAUGCAAUAUGUGUGCUGGUGGUAUAUACAGGUGGUGAGGUCAGAAAAGGCACAGUCCUUCUGCGUGGACAGCUUAGUCUGGGGCCAACCCCAGGACUUGAGUUCAAUUCACCUCUCAGCUGAGCCUGCAGCUUGAGCGAUGGGACACCCCUCUGUGAAGCAGAGUCAACCCUAGAAGAUGGAUUGAUCUGAGUCACUGAGGUCAAAAGUGUGGUAUUUUUCUUAGCAUUUGAGAUUUAGCAGUAGCCUUUAGUUUAGGGAAGCUCAUAAUCCCAGCGUAAGAUGUGACCAAGGAAAGACAUUGGAUGUAUCAUAGUAAAUAAAGUGAACCUAAUGGUUUUGUUGGCCAAAGAAGAGGGAUUCUCACCCUUCCCACUAGGGCAGAAGGAAACCAACUGGGACCUAGUGCAAAAUAUUAAAGCCUGCCCCAAGGUCCCUGAGGUGUUUGCACACAGAGAUUGGCUCCAGAGCUGUUUGCAGAUUCCGGAGAUACAGGGUAAAUGGAGGGAGAGGCAGGGAGCUGGAAACCCAUAUGCAGAGAGCUGCCCUUGGCCAGAACAGAUGGGGUGGGAGGAACCCCUGGUGCCAGCUGCAGGCCGCUCAGGAAGUAGGCAGAGGCAGACUUUACACUAGCCAAUCACAGCACUUUGAGAUCCACCCCACCACUACCACCCUUCUGGCUCCAUGUUUUCUCCUCUGGCAAAUAUGGGUCUCCUUUGGCUUUGUGAGGUCCUCUCCUGCAGACUGGGUCAGGGGGUCAGGAGGGGCUGGUGUGGAGAGCAGAGGGGUCUUCUGAGAUAGUGGCCACAGCAGGAGAACCUGCAUAGCGCCAGCUCUUUGCCAGCCUCUUUGCUGGAAGGCCUAGAAAUAGGGAACAACAGAUUUAGAUCAUGGUACCACUUUUGUAGAAAGAGUAAAAACAGCGCAGCCAAUUGAAAUGGUUUGUGGAACAAAUCAUUUCACUCUAAGCCAUUUCAGAGCUAGAAACCCCAAGAUUUCUUUCUGGCUGUGUGACCUCAGGCCCCUGUUUCUUGAGCUAGCAAGUGAUACUUCUGAAUGAUAGUGGCACUGUCAUCCUGGAACUAGAGGGGCCAUCCACUCCCUGGAAGCCAGCUCCAUUCUCUGGCUGUGCCUGGCUUCUUUCACAGGGAAGGUUCCCUUCAAGGUCACCAGCCAGCUGUGGGACCAGUUCAGUCCCACAUAGUCCUGGCUGAGUUGGCUUAUAGGAAGAGGCCAGCUCCCCAGGACAGAUCCAAGCCAUAGUUUCUCAUGGGGAUGGUGAGGAAAUAACCCUCCAGCUGGGCUAGGUGAUGAUAUGCAAUCUCACAUUAGCCUUGUCAUCAUCCCCAUCGAACAGCUUUUAAUCUGAAUGUUGUGACCACUUGGCUGUCUCUGUCUUGCUCUGACAAUACUAGCAAUACACUUGUUUUUUCCAAAUAGCUUAACUUAGACAUUUUUCACACAUUUCUUUCCAAUGAUUGUAAAACAUAUGGAGCAACAGGAGGCAUUGAUCACACUGCAUAUGUUUAGGGCAGCUUUUGUUUUUUUGUUUCUUCAAUGGUACAACAGUGGUGACUGGAGCUUUGGGAUUGGGCGGGGCGGGGGGGGCAGAUUUUCUGAAAUUUCCUUUCAUCAGAAUGCUUUGCACAUCCAGGAGUACAGAAAUUCAACUGUCCAAUAGAGGGUUUGGGAAAUACGGUUCUGUAGGUGGGGAGUCCCUAUGCUGUCCAACAGCUCCUCAAAGAGGCAUUCGAUUGGGUAGAACCCCUCUAUGCUGUAUUUUCUUCAUCAAAGGAUUCUCCAAGGAAGCCUUAAGAAGCCUCUUUUUUCACUUUGCUGGCCUUGGGCUAUGUUCUUGAGAAGGGGAUUGUGGUCAGUUUCCACCUCAGCACUUUGCCUUAUCAACAUGUGGUCGCCAUCUAGUGGCCAAAGACUGUAUCCUCCAGCUACCCAGCUGAAAGGCGAGUAACUCCACUGGACCCGCCCAAUGCCAACUUGAGAAUGAAAUGUCACCACCUGAGCAAACUGUGUUUUCAGAGCUCAGUGUGACACCAAGGUUAGAAGAUUCCAGAAGCAGUUGCUUAGCCUCUCACACACUCCAGUAAUGCACUAGAUAUCCUGUGGGUAGAGAAGAUGAGAGUGGACCUGUGUACAGGUGCCCUGGAGGGAUUUACUGUAACUGCCAUACUGCAGCCCAGCUGCUGACCUUGGCAAGUGAACCUCUGCUAGGUGGCCCAAUUAUACCCUUGGGACAAGGGAGGAGGCUGUGUGUAAGAAUUGGGGAAGGAGGGGCCUUGGUCAUGACCCUGGAUAUGGUCCAGCAAAUAGCCAACGGAUUUUUUUUUUGAGUUUUUGUUUUCGUAUUUUGUAUUUAAAAAUCUCGUCAAAUGUUUUUGUGUUAGGAAUAAAGUCAUAAACUAUUCCCAACUUUGUUUCUUGAGGGAUGUUCUGAUUCUAAUUGAAACAGGUUGGCAGACUCGAGGAGAGUGUGGUCCUGGUGGUACGUGAAAUGGGCCGUGAGCCACAUGGAUUUCCAGAUGGCUUCUGAGGAAGACCAUCCACGAGUCCAGUUUGGUAUGAUCUGCUCCAGAAAUUCACACCCACACCACUCACCUCCUCGUGCCAUGUUGAUAGCAUUGGCUUAGAGCAUCUGCUUUUUCCAGAGGCAAGCUGCUCAUGUUGAAAGCAACACAAGAUCCUGCUCCCCAGCCCCAGGUUUCUUGAGACAGUGACUGUAGGUGGCCUUAAUUGACUGGGCAAGGUGGUCUCUAUGGUCCCUUCCAGCAUUUCCAAAUCUUGGACUCAAAAUCCUUUUCUCUUGGUAUGACCACGCAGCCUAGAGGAUUCUGAGCAAUAGGGAGCCAGGGCUUUGCCUGGCUCUGUGACAGGGUCAAAUCAGGGAAUGGCUAAACCUGAGAGGUUGUGUCAUCCCCAGGGGUUCUACUGUAAGGGGGGGCAUUAUUUAUUAGGAAGCUUGACAAGGUAACUACAGCCUGGGGUGAAUGAGUGCAAGGCUGUGUUUGUGGGGUGUGUGUGUGUGUGCGUGUGUGCACGUGUGUGUACGUGUGUAUGUGUAAUUACAUUGAUGCAUUUCUUAAGAAAGGUGCAAGAAUUUCACCUACACAGAGGGACACAUCUGCUUUGUUAUUUAUAAUAGAAAGCUAAAUUUUAAUUUUUUAAAGGACACUGCUAAUGAUUGAGAAUCGAGUUUUUAGUUUUGCUAUUUUUUUAAUUGGUAGAGGAUUUUUAUAUAUUUUUUCCAUUUUGUUGGGUUGUGUCCUUAUUUAUAUAAACACUUUAUCUGUAAGAGGCAAGGAAGAAACCUUCUUUGCUUUUAAGUAUUGUGGUUGUCAUCGUCCUAUUUUAUUUCUGAUAUGAUUUAUCUGUCUUACCUUCUAAAUGAGAAAAUGUUUUCCUGUAUUUGUACAUUGUCAGAUUCUAUAGUUUCAUAGAUAAUUUAACCAAAUUGCUCUAUGUAUUAUUAUUCCGUGAGUAUAAAGUUCUAUUUUAACGUCUGUAAAUACUUCGGAACUGGCUUCUUUUCUCAAGCUCCCACAGUGGAGUUAUUGUUUACAUCACAAAAACUGUAGAAUCUCUAUGCUCAUGUACUGUAAAUAGUGAAGUGAUCUGCUUAUAAAUAAACUUAAUGAAUACACAAUGGAGAUUAAAGAGAAAAUA